ACACCUCUCUUUUGUGUUUCUCCCCCCCCCUCGUGCGCAUGGCACGGACCGCCAUACAUCAAACCGGAUUGAUCCAUAGAAGUUCUUGGUUCCAUCGUAUUCGAUCCUCACAAAACUUGAAAACGACGGGACGAUAGAACGUCUUUCUCUACACAUAAAUAUUUGACAAUUUGACAAGAUGACAACGCGUGGGUGUCACAAUCCUGUGUUUUCGUAGUUGAAUUCCCUUGAAUGUUUUGCGAUGCACCGUGGCGUGUCCACCAUAUCACAUUGCACAUUCCAACGGAGACUGCAACUUCCAUCAGGGAGGGUAGUGAGAAAGGAGAGUAUAUUUUCGACUCCAACGUUUCUGCUAGGGUUCGCUCAUGGUGUCUUUGUGUAGUACCUGGAUAUGCCUACGUGUGUUUGUGUGUCGUUCGUGUAUGUACGUUAUCUAUUUAUGUAUGUUUCUAUGCAUGUUUUUGUGAACAGUUAUACGCUUCAUUCGAUGGCAGUUUCUUCUCUCCUGCCUCCCUCCGGUUCGUCCUGUCAGGUAUCUGAAAAACGUCGGAACCAAAAGACGCUGCCGGGAAAUCGGGCAGCAAGGUGCUUAGUGAAUGCUUGUACGACAUUGUGUUCCAUCCGCGGGUUUUCCAAUCGUACUGGAUCGCUCCUCAAAACCAGCGUGUAAAUUGUCCUUCUCCUUUGUUCCGUUUCCAAGCAAAGAAUUCUUCAUGGCAACGACAGAAAAGAUGACKCGGAGGACCUGGGCAAUUACAUCGGCAAGAGUCACCAGUUGUUGAUUCUGUUUUGGUGGCGGCAUUGACCAUUGGAGUUUGACAGCCUUGUGUCCACCCAUUUUCUUGUGGAGGGCAUUUUGAACUACUGGCAGAGGAAAUGACAGGUCGGGAAUGCUCACGAAGGAGUGAUCGUCGUCGUCGUGAUGAAGUGGGCUCUCGAGAGUUGAUUGUAAGGGUGUCUCGAUUCCUCUUCGCUGGUAGCUCUCUGUGGAAUCCUCGCUUGCAGAAAGAGCAAGGCAAUCCGGGAGGGGGUCGGAUUCAUUGCCACGGUGUCUUUCGCUCGGAUGCAUUCCCGAUACAUCGAAAUGAACGCCAACAACAUCUUCGCUAGUCGUGGCGUUCGGUAGUGACGAACGAGCACGGGAACUCGAAACAUUCGUUUCCACAGAAAGUUCGCUUGGGGAAGUGCAUCCACUCUCGCUUCCCCCUGAUUUCACCGUAUCGUGCAAGGAAUUUCUUCUUCCAYUCCUCGACAGGGGCGACGACUUGGGGGAGGGAUAGACCAGGGUGGGGAAUUCGCUCCUUUCUUUUCUAUGGGGACGAUCGGAAGAUCGACGCAUUUUGUCCCGAUGGUAAUUCGAUGGGGUGYGUUUACUUCCCCCACAAAUUUGAAAGCUGCAUUCUCCGGAUGGAAGGCAGGGAAAGAGAACCGGCCGGGGUGGAAGAAUGUCUAGUUCCUUCGGGACUCUGAAGGUGCGUCGAGGAGAAGGCCGAGAAGAAUCAUUCUCCUUUCUCCUGUUCUUGCCGAGAUUACUGUUCGAGGCCACGAAAAUUGUGGUUGUCGAUGAUGGUGAUGAUGUCGUUGUCAUCCUUCUAGUUUUGUUUUGCUUUCAGAGUUUUUAAGCUAGAUUGAUUGAUCGCUUUGGAUCUAUUGAUAUCGAUGUUGAUAGUUAAGUCAACAAGUGGUGCAAUGGAUAAUUGUUUUGAUUAUUUGGAUGUGCCGCGCCUAUUUAAGAUGUCACAUGAUUGAUCUUCCCGUAACUAGUGAUCGUAUUUGCUGGUAUCGUACAUACAAGUACUGCGUGCCGCACUAUUGCUUGCUCAUCCGUGUUAUUCUUACGAACACCUCUUUUUUCUACGAAGUUCUGGUCUGAUUCAUCUAUUCAUAACGUGCAACUAGUAUUAUUUUUAGUUGAUGGGUCUCUUCCUGUCUGAGCGAACCAAAACGUUUCUUUUCGGCGAAGGCCAAGGGCAGCAAUUAUGCCGAGCCGACCACGCAAUCCAAACGACUUUUGAAACCCAUCAUAAACUGAACCGUUAUCCUGUUUUGCCCAAUGAGAACGGACCUGACUCAGCGACUCCGUACGAUACCAGAUAUCCUACGCAUUCGUUCGUAGGGUUCGAAAUAUGACAGUUCAUCUCAUUCAACAUCCAACGUCUCUCGCUAUUUUUUUCAUACCGUAUUUUUUGUAGUUUUGUGAGAGAUGAAAGAUGUUUCAGGAUCAAUUAAGUCGAGUGAGUCGUCUUCUCAGUAUUGCACUGUAUCUCGUAGUGUACGGUACCAUACGUACUCGUAUGUACUGUGCAUCCCGAUCCCAUGGUUAUUAGUAGCCCUCUCUCUUACGUACCAUACCGUAYUUUACGUAGUUGUUCGCAGAGUUGUGUCACUGGUAACUACUGUAGUACGCAAGAACAAACAACAAACCUCCUAUCAGAGACGAUGCAUUGAUUGUACUGUUGCAUAAAGUUACAAAUUACAA